AUGGCCAUUAGAAACCAGACUAUGGUGACUGAAUUCAUCUUGGUCUCCUUUCCAGAUGUCCAGGAGCUUCAGACACUGCUAUUUGUCGUUCUCCUGCUGAUUUACAUGCUCACCAUAACAGGAAACAUUGUCAUCAUCUCCUUAAUAUGGACAGAUUAUCGUCUCCAAACUCCUAUGUAUUUCUUCCUCAGUAAUUUGUCAUUCUUGGACAUUUUGUUUACAACUACUAUUGCCCCCAAGUUGCUAGCUUGCCUCUUACAAGAGAAGAAAGCCAUCUCAUUUGCAGGCUGUAUCACCCAAACCUAUUUCUAUUUCUUCCUGGGGACAGUGGAGUUCAUCCUCCUGGCAGUGAUGUCCUUCGACCGCUACGUGGCCAUCUGCAACCCCCUGCGCUACACCACCAUCAUGAGCAGCAGGGUCUGCCUCCUGCUGGUGUUGGGCUGCUGGGUGGGGGCCUUCCUGUCAGUGCUGUGCCCGACUAUUGUGGUGUCCAGGUUGCCAUACUGCACUGAAGACAUCAGCCACUUCUUCUGUGACAUUGCCCCUCUGCUGCAGGCGGCCUGCAUCGACACACACUUCAUUGAAAUGAUAAACUUCCUCUUAUCUUCCCUUGUUGUCCUAUCAUCCCUGGUGCUCACCACAGUGUCCUACACCUACAUCAUCUCCACCAUCCUGCGCAUCCCCUCCGCCCAGGGUCGCCAGAAAGCCUUCUCCACCUGCGUGUCUCACAUCACCGUGGUCUCCAUCGCCUACGGCAGCUCCAUCUUCAUGUAUGUGAGGCCUAAUCAGAGCUACUCACUGGACUUUGACAAGGUGACAGCUGUCCUCACUACAGUCGUGACCCCUCUUCUCAACCCCUUCAUUUACAGCUUGCGGAAUGAGAAGGUAAAGGAAGUCUUAGGAGAGUCGAUUAGCAGGAUAGUUCCACCACAUUCCAAAAGAAUGUGAACUAACCCAUUUGAGCUAUGCUUCUUCUGUAUGGUGCCUGCUUCUGUGUGAAGAGUGGGCACAAGAAUGUGACUUAAACUCAAGAAACCCAAGACUAUGUGCAGGAGAACCUGACAUCACACACCAUUAACAGCAAAGUAUUAUAAUCUUACUAUGGAUAACCAGAAAAAAAAUCAGAACUGACACCUUUGCCCCUUGAAAUUCUUUGCAUGGAACAGGAUGGUGGGAACACUCCAAACAGAAAUCAUGUAAGAGCUCCUGCCCAGCAUUUAUUCAGACGUUCAUUUCAAUAGAUGUAGAUCCAUUUUGUUACUUUUCUAAGCAUCCAUUUGCUCAACUGCAAAAAGGUAGCAGGAAUCUGUGUUGUAUUUUUCUCACAGGGCACUUGUGGCUUCAAGAUCAUUUUUAAAAAAGUAACAUAGUCAUCACAUUUAGAGAUUCAUAGAAUGGACAGGAGGAAGCUUUCACCAGCCUUGAGAUGCUUCCCCUUUGAUGAUCUUGACUAGA